UGGCCCGACCUGUGUGAACCGGCCUGCUCUUGGCCCGGAAUAGGACCCAGGAUCGAGCGCCAAGAAGAUACAUCUGAACACAGCAUUACAGUAGAUCGGAGAAGGGCCCCUUUGUUCGCUUCUUCAGGCAGUGAAGAGUUUUCGAUCCACUCAACCACGAGGAACCAAGACAGCCAUCUCUGGUGGUUGUACAGGUUCGGAAUGGAGGAUAGAGUAGCAUUGGUUGGCGGAGCGGAGCUCUGGAAGAACAACACAAUAGACCAUUAGGUGCUCUACUCAUCUAACCAUCGAAUCCGUCUCUCAGUCAGUCAACCACGAUUUUGGAGACGGAGGAGAGUCAGAUGGUGCUGGUGCCUUGCUCAAAUAUCUUGUCAAGGUGUGAAGACGAUUUUCUAGAACUUGGUUCGCCAGUGUUGACCGCAAACUUGUUGAUUGGUCCAUCUAUCUUUCUCGGAGGAGAAAAAGCCUUAUUGUGGAAAUGAGUUUAUAACAUAACAGAUUCCUCGUCUGGAAUCCAACCAAAAUGAAUUCACCCACGAUUGUGGCCCCUUCUCACCAUGGAACAGGGUGGCAAGGGCGACCUCCUCAUUCUCCCACGGAGGCUCAAAGUGGUGGUGGGGGUAGUGGCGGUGCAGGAGGAGUGGGCGGACAAUCCUCUGGUAUGCCCCCUAUGCCUCGCAUGAUCUCACCUAUGGGUCACCGGCCUUUAGGGCCUGCAUCCCGAGGGCCCCAUCCUGGUUUGCUCCUCUCUCCUGCAGAUCAUCCUCAUCCAUUGAUGCGACCUCCAAGGAUGCCCUUCUUUAUCAGAGAAAUCUAUAAAAAUGGGUUCCUAAAACGGUUACCCUACAACGAGAAGAAGAGUAGCGCUCUGUCGAAGCUCAUGCGGACUGAUCGUUAUUGGGUGGUAUUUUCCGUGCACGAUGACGUUCACCCGUUCCUUGAACUAUGGAAUGAGCCCACCGAAGUGGCAUCUAAGCCCCCACAAUAUGUAUUCCCAUUGGCAGUUUGCAAGCACAUAUCACCCUCCAUCGUUCCUGCCGACCAAGAGUGGAGCUUUGUGAUUAAUUUUGAGACAGCCGCCAUCCGAUUCUCGUGCAAUUCAAGGGACACCAUGGAUGAGUGGGUGGACUGCAUUAGACACAAGCUCGGAGAAAUGGGAAUCCUCAAUCCGAAAGGCAAUCUAUAUUCCAAGGUACCUGCACUCAACCCUCCCAAAUUGGCCAGGAACCCAAUGUCGCCUCUACCCAGCCCCCCUGUGAGUGCAGCGGAGAAUAUAUCAAACAUGCAGGCCACGCCCUCUUUGGAGCCCUUUGAUAAUGCAGAGGUUCUCACUAAACGAGGCGAUGGUGCCUCUCGAAACCGUUUGAGUAUAGUGGACGCUUCAGACGAAAGUAACCAAACCUUUACGACAAGCAUUUAUUUGAACCAGACUCCACCUUCCACUCCCCAAAUCCAGUCCAGCGUAUCUCACGCUCCAACUUCGUCAUCCAAGCCAAAUCUUACCUUAGCAUCAACAUCGCCCAUUCCAAAGUUCGAGAGUCUUUCAUGCGCAUCGGCGCCUUCGUCUCCGACCAAAUCAAUGCCGAUUUCACCCGUGGCAAACCCACCAUCAUGUAGCAUAAAUGGAGCUACCUCGACCGUGUAUCUGAAUCAAGACGUUCCCACGAGGCACGUCACCGUCAUCCCAAUCAACAAGGACAAAGAGAACCACCCUCCUGAGGAAAUGGGUUCUGGUUCACCCCAAAAGCAAGAAGACAACACCAGUGAACUUUACACUGCUAUUGUUGUUCCUCCAGAGAGCAGAGAAGAACGAGCUAAAGCCAGGAAGCCCAGUGGCUCCAAUAAUAAUAAUCAGCAACAACGAGAAGGUCGAAGACGAUCUCCCAAUCGCCGUCAACGACAUCUCGAACAAUCUAACGGAGAAUCCACAAACGAGGGACAAGUUUCCAGACGAUUCUCCGAUCGGAGGCCAGAUGUCGUGUCCGGAAAAGGGGGCUACAACAUACAACAAAGAAUCCGAAGAAAGACCCAACGCUCCUCCAGUUUGGGUCCCCUCUUGGACGAACACAACAUCCACUCUCAAUCAUUAGCACAACAAAGAAAUGUGAACACAAACUCCUUGGAAAGCAUUGAUAGCAACCCAAGAUCCGCCUUGCCUAAGAGUGAUCGCUCCAAAGGAGCCAUUCCUAGGCGACCUCUCACACACCACACCAGUGUGCCUCUUGAGUCGGCCACCGCUCAGGAUCCGCCUCCAAGGCAUUUGAAUGAGCUACCGGCGGGCAUUCGACCUCCUCCCUAUCAUCCCCUGUCAAACUUGGGAGCUCAUCCACCUCAUAUCCCGUUGCCGGGAUUAACUUGCCAACUUUCAUUGCCCCAUGGGAUGGCCGUUCCAGGUCAAGUUGGCGACUCUCAUCCCCCGCAGCGGUCUCUCCGCGAGCAACAAGUCCACCGAUUACGACAAGAAAUUGCUCAUCCAAGUGGCGUGCGACUGGCAUUACGGAAACGGGAUUGUCAGCACUCUCUGGCAUUGGUGGAGUUCUUUGGUCGCCUGUGGGUGGCUGGUUGGAAACAAAAGGAAUACCCAGUGCUGUACAAUGCGUUCCACAUUGGUGACCAGAUCAUGACUGUGGCUGGAUUACCGGUCAGAACGGCCUCCGAGUUUAGUAAGCUCGUCAAAACGAAAGGUUCGAAUGACACGCUGCAUGUGGAGAUCAUCAUUCGACGGCUGCCUUUUGCUCAAGUAUUCCACUUGAGACGCGAGAUCGACACCCAGCCCUUAGGAAUUAUCACGCACGGCAAUACAAAUGAGAUCAAAGAGAUCCUUCCCGGUGGACCCGCCUCAAAUCAUGGCAUGACCAGCAAGGUCAGAAGCUUCGAUGGUCUCAAUUUAGUUCCAUGGGUCUUGACCGAAGUCAACGGCAGACCUCUGAAUCUUUUCGCCAAGGAAGGUGAAGCAACGGAUCGGCUUCACGCCUUGGGUCGUGAUGUGUCUGUGACAAUUCAACCAGCUGAUAUUGUUCAACGCUUCAAGAAACAAUUGAAAUCCUUCAGAAGUCAUAAGGACUACGUCCUUGGUUAGUCAAAUUUGUGAUAAUGAUGAAUAUCUCCGUAGCAAUAAAACGGCCAUUGUCUUGAAAAACGGU